AUACAAUAAAAACCCUUUUUCCCAUUUGUUCUCUUCUUCUGCUUCUCUGAACUCUCACAUCAAUGGCUAUAACCUAUCAAUCUCCCAUGAAACUCAACUUCACCAUUUCUAAUGGCUUCUCAAAUCCAAUCCCUAAUUCUCCUUCUCUUUAUCCCAUCAAUACCCAUUUCUCAUUUGGAUUCAAUAUCUCAUCCGUCUCCUCUAAAACCCAAACCCAUAUCACAGUACCCGAACCCGAACCCGUUUUCACCUCCGUCAAGUCGUUUGCUCCGGCCACCGUCGCUAAUCUUGGUCCGGGUUUUGAUUUCCUUGGAUGCGCCGUUGAUGGAAUCGGAGAUUUUGUAAAUCUUCGGGUUGAUCCAGAUGUUAAAGCUGGGGAGGUUUCGAUUUCUGGUAUCUCCGGUGCUGGAAAUAAGCUUAGCAAAGACCCUUUAUCGAAUUGUGCUGGAAUAGCUGCUAUUUCUGUUAUGAAGAUGUUGAAUAUACAGUCCGUUGGUUUAUCAAUUUCGCUUGAAAAAGGGUUGCCGUUGGGUAGUGGACUUGGGUCUAGCGCCGCCAGUGCUGCGGCGGCGGCGGUGGCUGUGAAUGAGCUUUUUGGUCGGAAAUUGAGUGUUUCUGAUCUUGUUCUUGCUGGGUUGGAAUCGGAAACGAAGGUUUCGGGUUAUCAUGCUGAUAAUAUAGCACCUUCGAUUAUGGGUGGUUUUGUGUUGGUAAGAAGUUAUGAUCCAUUGGAAUUGAUUCCAUUGAAGUUUCCAUAUGAAAAAGAAUUGUUCUUUGUGCUUGUGAAUCCGGAAUUCGAAGCUCCAACGAAGAAGAUGAGGGCGGUAUUGCCAUCGGAGGUGACAAUGUCGCAUCAUAUAUGGAAUUGUAGUCAGGCUGGGGCGUUGGUGGCUGCGAUAUUGCAGGGGGAUUCGAGGGGUUUAGGGAAGGCGUUAUCAUCGGAUAAGAUUGUGGAGCCGAGGAGAGGGCCAUUGAUUCCAGGGAUGGAUGGAGUGAAGAAGGCGGCGUUGAAGGCUGGGGCGUUUGGUUGCACUAUAAGUGGAGCUGGACCGACUUUGGUAGCAGUGACGGAUGAUGAAGAGAGAGGGAGAGAGAUUGGGGAGAAAAUGGUGGAGGCGUUUAUGAAGGAAGGGAACUUAAAGGCUUUGGCUAUGGUGAAGAAGCUUGAUCGGGUUGGUGCUCGGCUUGUUAGUAGCAAUCCAAGAUGAUCAAUCAAUUAAUCAACUAUGCCUCAAUUCCAAACGAGAUUGGUAUUAGUUGUAUGAAUCAUAUAUGUAUCUUUUCACUAUAUCAUGCUAUGUAGGAUGAUAUGUAGGAAUUUGAGUGCAAUAAUCUUACCUCGUGAGAUAGAGAGGCAAUUAAUCUGCGUACACUCUACACUCUGCAAAUCUCACUUGUGGAAUCACACUAGAUGUGCCGAUGUUGAUUAAGUAUUGGUCAUUGAGAAGUCAAGCUGAUUACUGAGCAAAUAAAAGAGUUAGAAGUUGUCAUUUUUA